AUGUGGGCGGCGACGGCGGCGGCGAGCGCGUCCUCGCCGGCGGUCCCUCCGCCGCCGCGGCGGGACUACGCGUCGCUGUUCGCGCGCGGGAAGAACGGCGGAUGCCCGCCGCUGUUCUUGGCGCCGAUGGAGGGCCUCGGCGACGCGCGCCUGCGUCGGAGCCUCUCGCUGAGCGUCGGCGGCUUCGACGAGGCGUGCCGCGAGUUCACGCGCGUCCCGGGGACGCUGUCGCAGGGCGCGAAAGCGGAGAAGCUCCUGCGCGGGAUCGCGCUGAACGGGUACGACGCCGAGGAGCUGUCGCGCCCCGCGAACGCGUCGCUCAUGGGCUCGAACCCAGACCUCCUGGAGCACUGCGCGCGCGUCCUCGCGCGCGAGACGCGCGCGCCGAGGGUGGACCUCAACUGCGGCUGCCCCGCGAACGUCGUCACGGGCAAGGGCGCGGGGAGCUCGCUGCUUCGCGACCCGAACGACGUGUACGCGUGCGUCUCAGCGAUACGGCGCGGCUGCGAAGGCACCGGGUGCGUGCCGACGCUUAAACUUCGCAGCGGGUACGACGACGAUAGUCUGCUGCGCGAGAAUCUUCUCGCCGCGCAGGAGGGCGGCGCCGCGUUCGUGACGCUGCACCCGCGGACGCGGCGGCAGGGGUACUCGGGACGCGCCAACUGGAAAGACAUCGCGAUUGCGGUCGAGACGCUCGACGUCCCGGUGAUCGGGAACGGGGACGUGACGUCGCCCGAGCGCGCGCGAGCGCUGCUGUUCGAGACCGGAUGCGCGGGGAUCAUGGUCGGGAGAGGCGCGGUGCAAGAUCCGCUCGUGUUUCGGAGGAUCAAGGCGGAGUUACGCGCGGGGGAUUGGUCCGAAGGCGGCGGCGGCGCGGCUUCUUCUUCUUCUUCGUUCGGGUUGACGCCCGCGGAGGAAGCGUCGGAGGUGGUCCGGUUCCUGCGCGCGUUCGCCGCGGAAGUCUUCGCGGACGACUUGCUCAUAUCACCUCGUAAGCGAAGGCGGAAGCUCAAAGGAGGCGCCGCCGCGGAGGAGCAGUUCAAGCUCGGGAAGCUGAAGCAAAUCGUAAAGUAUUUAUUCGCCGGGAACGCGUCGCUGUCGCCGCAUCUGAGUCGCGUGCUGUCGUGCGACUCGAUCGAUAACGGGAUCACCGCGCGAGAGAUGUUGGACGUCGUGUGCGAUCUCGUCGCGACGUCCUGGGACACCCCGACGGACGUGCUCGUGGACGCGUUCUCGAUGCGGACGAGUUACGAAGGAGGCAGACUCCUCGUUUAG